AUGGAGAGUGUACCGACUGAGUCGUGUGCUGCUGAGGAGGAUGAAUGUUCAGAUACGGAGGUCUUCUGUUUGAUGAGAGUCGGAAAAAAUUCAGAAUGGCUUCGCUUGUUCGAAAACACUGAGGUGCAGUUUGCUAACAUAACUGUUGGACGUGGCGUGGAUGUAACCUACCAGCUGAUUUCCCCAAAGUGUCCUUUCAUGAUCUCCAGGCUUCACUGUACCUUCAAGCAGGGGGACGACGGCCAGUGGACAGUGACGGACACCCAGAGUCUCAAUGGCGUUUGGGUAAAUGGACAUCGCAUACCUGCAUAUAAGGCCCAUCUUCUCAGACUUGGAGACUCCAUACAACUCGGAGUUCCUCUGUCAGGAACUGUUGUGGAAUUUGACUACAUUCUCGUGCAGCGGCCCCUCAAAGAUGUUAAACUCUGCCUGGCACGGGGACACAAAGAGGGUGCCAAAGCGCCCCACGGGGCGAGGAAGUCCAAGAGGAAGUUGGCUGUGGAAGAAGUGGAGCCUUCCACCUCGAAGCCUAAGCUGUACCGCUGGUCUCCUGCAGAUAAGUCCUUUGCAAAGCCCCAUCCUCCAUCUGCACAGAAUUCUCCACAGCCGCUCGGUCAAACGCAGUCAGAGAUGACUCCAUCCAGCAGGCCAGUCAAAGAGGAAGAGCAGUCCUCUGGUGGCUCCAGCUCUCCGUGUGACCAGGACCAGCAGCAGAUAUGCACCUGGAACAUUCAAAGUUUAAGAGAGCAGGCAGCUAACAUCCAGAGACAGAUUGCUUCUCUGGAGGCGGACCCUCAACCCACUGACCCACUUCAAGGGGGGGAGGUCCAAGAGCUGCAGGAUCAGCUGCAGACCCUCCAAUCCAGAAUGCACCGGAUGGGCGAGACGCUAAAGAAGUCCUUCAGUGAACCACAGUUGCAGGAGCAGCUAAAGAAAGAGACCGUGGAACCUGCACUCUCUCGACAAGCAUUUGAAGAGAUUCUGUCAGCCAAAAACAAAGAACUGGAGGUGACAAAGGAGGAGAAAGAAAAGGCAAAAGCCCAAAAAGAUGAGGUGGUCACACAGGUGACUGAAGUUCUAGAGAACGAGCUUCAGUGUAUCAUCUGCUCAGAGCUCUUCAUCGAGGCUGUCAUCCUGAACUGCGCUCACAGCUUCUGCAGUUACUGCAUCAAGCAGUGGCGCAAAAAGAAGGACGAGUGUCCCAUCUGCCGACAAACCAUCCAGUCCCAGACCCGGUGCCUGGCUCUGGACAACUGCAUCGACAGCAUGGUGGAAAACCUCAGCCUGGAAAUGAAGGCCAGGCGGCAGACCCUCGUCACUGAGAGGAAAGGUGAACAGGCCUGUGGCCAAAAAGCCAUCCAAUCAGAGACCCAAAUCCUCGCAGAAUAA